AGAGUUAGUACGCUUUUAGUUGCCUCGCGGUUCAGUAGUGUUUGGCCGACGACGACUAAGCCUUUGCCUAUCUCUCGCUCAACUCGAGGGAGACACAUAAUAAUACAACAACCAGCAUUUAUUUUUAAUAAUACCCCAUACGUUCUGUUGUCUAUGGACAGACAACGCCGCAGAUAAAAGUGAAAGUGAUAACUUGUUUUGAAAUUGGUCAACACUACGUGGCUAAUUCUUUGAAGAACUUAUUCGAUUUUGUUGUGAAGUUGAUCUAAGUUAUUUCAGAGCUCCGGAUUUGGAAUUGAUAUAACCGUCUACCAUGGCUACGCCCGUGGAAAUCAUGACCCAGAGAGGACCCGCUUUCGACUCCAACUGCAUGACCCUGACGCGGUUCGUGCUGCAGGAACAGAAGAAGCACAAACAUGCCACCGGGGAUCUGUCCCAGCUGCUAAACUGCAUCCAAACGGCUAUCAAAGCCAUCAGCUCUGCGGUUCGAAAGGCGGGAAUUGCUAAAUUACAAGGAAUCUCAGGUGACACCAACGUCCAGGGAGAGCAGGUAAAGAAGUUGGAUGUGCUCUCCAAUGAAAUUUUCAUAAAUAUGCUGAAGUCGUCAUACGCCACUUGUUUGCUGGUGUCGGAAGAAAACGAUAACGUUAUCGAGAUCGAGACUGAAAAACGUGGCAAAUAUGUCGUUUCGUUCGAUCCCCUUGAUGGUUCAAGCAACAUUGACUGUCUCGUGUCGAUUGGAUCCAUUUUUGGCAUCACUAAACAAGUAACGGAAGGUUCUGAGCCCAGUGAAGCAGACGCAUUGCAACCGGGUAACAAAAUGGUCGCUGCUGGGUACGCACUUUACGGAUCUGCUACUAUGAUUGUGAUUAGUUUAGGUGAAGGUGUGCAUGGGUUCAUGUACGAUCCUUCGAUCGGGGAGUUUGUGCUGACAGACUACAACCUUCGGAUACCAGAACGAGGUAAUAUUUACUCCAUAAACGAGGGUUAUGCGUCAACUUGGGAUCCAUCGGUUUACAACUACGUACAGGCCAAAAAGGAUCCGGCCAAGGGAAAACCAUACGGGGCUCGUUACGUGGGAAGUAUGGUAGCCGAUGUCCAUCGGACAAUCAAGUAUGGAGGAAUCUUUAUCUACCCGGCCACCGCGGCUGCCAAGAAUGGCAAACUACGACUGCUCUACGAGUGCAAUCCGAUGGCCUUUAUCGUAACGAACGCCGGUGGAAAGGCAAGUGCAGGAAAGGAUAAGGAAAUUUUGGAUGUCGUGCCUACAUCAAUCCAUCAACGUUGCCCGAUCUAUCUGGGAUCUAAGCUGGAUGUUGAGGAAGCUUUGAGUUAUAUCAAGUGAAUGUUGAAGAUGUUUUUGUACCGUUUCAAAAAUAAAAUUAUGUUUAAAGGUUGAGAUUUAAA